CUCCCCUUUGUGUACCCCACAGGUACGACUCGGGACGGGAUGGGUACAUCGAUCUGAUGGAGCUGAAACUGAUGAUGGAAAAGCUGGGAGCCCCUCAGACCCACCUGGGGCUGAAGAACAUGAUCAAGGAGGUGGACGAAGACUUUGAUGGGAAGCUCAGCUUCCGUGAGUUCCUGCUGAUUUUCCAUAAAGCUGCAGCUGGGGAACUUGAAGAGGACAGCGGCCUGUUGACUCUUGCAAAGCUUUCAGAGAUAGAUGUCUCCAUUGAGGGAGUCAAAGGAGCCAAGAACUUCUUUGAAGCCAAGGUUCAAGCCCUUUCUUCAGCAAGUAAGUUUGAAGCAGAGAUAAAAGCUGAACAGGAUGAACGAAAGCGGGAAGAAGAGGAAAGAAAACACCGCCGAGCAGCAUUCAGGGAGUUGAAGUCUGCAUUCACCCAGUAAUCAACCAGCCAAUAUGCACUCCAAGAUUGCACAUAACUUGGUACGUUUCCCAGAUCAGGGCUCUACCUGGAGAGAACUGCCUGGAUCCUGUCUAAAAUUCGUUACAGCUUUGCUAGUCUUCCUCUCUUGAAGAUCCUCCUGAGCUCCUAAGGAUGCAACUCUUGCAGUUACUGUGCAUUCAUAACGAUGUGAAUCAUAAGAGUUGUGUACAUGCUGUUUCCUCUGAACCAUCAGGAGUGCAUCACCCUGAAGUAGAAACAGCAGGUAGCAAAUCAGGGUGAGUGCUGAGAAGUGUUGUUUGCCACUUCAUUCUUUCCUUCUUUUCUAUACAUAACUUUUCUCUUAACUUCUUAAUUCAUUCCUUGCUUACAGACAAGUGAGGUCUUUUGUAAAGCAGGGUGUACAAAGUACAGAUUCACUUCCUGUAUGUUUGUACUGCUGUUGGGUGUUGUCACACAUCCCUGACUUCAUCCCUCUUCUUCCUCAAAGCCCUGUGCCCCAGGCACUGUGAAAACACUGUGAAGAGAGAAAGAUAAUUACUAUGGAUAUGGAUCAAAUUAUUUCCCGUAGACUUUUCUGCCGCCCAGCAUGUUGGAGAGUCUUCCAGUUUUCCUUUUCUGAAGUGCCAUACUAACAAAUCUUUCAAUAAGAUGCAAGAUUUCUGAUAACUUUGAAGAGAGGAAGCUGGCUCUCUUAAACAAGGAAUAGAAAACUGAGUUGCCUAAUCAUGUAUCUUCUUUCACAUUCCAUCAUGUUUAGUGUACUGUAUGGCUUUACUGUAUUUUCCAACCUUCCAAUCUGUUUUUAGGGGGCUUUGCCAGUUGGAUGACAAAAUUGGAUGGAAUGCUGGGUUUUUCUAUCGGGAGAUGUGCUCAUCCUGAAUCAUAAAGGUGGCAUUGUUUGAUUUCAUUAGAGCCAUGACAGAUAAAACCAGCCCAGCAUACUGAGCAAUCCCUUCUCAAGAAGUGAAGACCAGAGAGGUUAGCAUGUUUAGUUGAAUUGAAUUCAGAGGGCUUGCACUGUAUUUAGCUAUUUUCUUUUUCAAACACAGGAAACUUGUCCACAAAUGUUAAAAUGUCUGUUUUUCUGGAUAUACACUGUAGGUCAUGACAGAGGGAAGCUAUGUUCCCUUGGGGAGACCUCUCCAAACAUGAAUUUGCCCGAAUUCUGCCUCUGCUGUUGCCCCGGUUUGUGCUUUUCUUUAUUUUCCAGAUCAAAACUCACCAGUCAUCUUUUCACUUGUCUGUUUCGCUUCUUAAACUGUGAGCACUAAACUGUGAGCAUGGAAUAAUGAAUAGAAAAACCUCUACUCUUUAAUGUCAGGUGAAAGAAUUGCUAAACAAUUAAACUGUGUAUAUAUCUUCACAGAUUAUAUUUUAUAAAAUCACGCUUUUUUUAGCUAAAUAUUUAUAAUUAAAUGUUUUUAUACUUUACAACAAAGCAGAUAAUUUCAUCUUCAAUUAUUUCUCCUGUUGCUGAAAUGUACAAAUAAAGCAUUAUCUCCA